UGUUUCUUGUUUGUCUUCUCUGGUGAUUUAAGGCCGUUGACUAUCACUCGAUUGACUCCCUCACCAGUGUGCUGACUACUGAACUAGGGACCUGAUUGAGACACAACCAGAGAUUCAGUUAAGAUUUAUUUUUCUUCUUAUUAAUUAUUCUGAUCUUAAACAGGAAAAGGUGUCCAAACACAGAAAAGCUCGUGCUGAAGUGAAUGAGUUUUGACGUGGCACACUAUUAUAAGGAUGGAGUUUAUUAAAGAGGAGAGUGAAGACUUGAAGAUUGAUGAAGAAUUCAGAGUCAAAAGAGAAGAUACUGAGGAACAAACAAAGACUGUGUUUAAUAAAGGGGAGAAAGAAGACAUGAAGAUUGAGGAAACAUUCAGAGUCAAAAAAGAAGAUACUGAGGAACAAACAGACAUGAUGGCACUGAAGGAAGAAUGUGAAGAACUGAAUGAAACAGAAGAGAAAGAUCAAAAUGAGAAACAUGACUUCAAGACUGAAGAAAAACUGAUAAAUUCCUUGCAGACUGAAAAGACUACCUCACGAAAAGAAGCUCAAAAACUACCAACUACCAACCUUAAUUCCCAUACUGGAGAGAGCUCUUUCACCUGCCAACAGGGUAGACAAAUUUUCAAUCAAAUAGAAAGCCUUAAUGUCCAUAUGGAAAAUUACAAUGAAAAGGAGCCAAUAACAUGCUCUCAGUGUGGAAAGUGUUUUACACAGAAAAAAAAUCUCAAUGCCCACAUGAGAAUUCACAUUGGUGAGAGACCUUACACCUGCGAACUGUGUGGAAAGAGUUUCAUACGAAAUGGAGGUCUUAAAAUUCACAUGAGAACUCACAGUGAAGAGAAGCCAUUCGAAUGUUGUCAAUGUGGAAAGAGCUUUACACUGAAAAAACUCCUUAAUGCCCACAUGAAAGUUCACACUGGAGAAAAGCCUUUUACCUGCCAACAGUGUGGGAAGAGUUUCGGAUUAAAAGGAAACCUUCAGACUCAUAUGAAAAUUCACACUGGAGAGAAUCUAUUUGAAUGCAUUGAGUGUGGAAAGAAUUUCAUACAGAAAAAGCAACUUCAUUCCCACAUGAGUAUUCACACUGGAGUGAAGCCAUUCACAUGUGAUCAGUGUGGAAUGGGUUUCAGAUAUAAAGAAAGCCUUAAUUAUCACAUGGGGAUUCAUUCAAGAGAGAACAGUUUUAUAUGUGAUUAGUGUGAAAGGUGUUUCACAGAC